AUGUUGCAGCAGUUCAAACAACAUGCCCCAGGUAUGGCCAUCAUCGCGCUUGGGCAUUAUGCACAAGUUGUCUAUGACCCAACUGCAAUCCUCAGUGUGAAGUUUUUCUCUACUCCGUGGAUUGAUGUAAAACUCAGGACUUUAGCUAAGCUCACACUUGACGAGUCAAGUUCUUUAAGGACUGAGAUAUUGGCGGUGGAAACAUCUUUGAAAACUUCAUUGCUUCAAUUUAACGAGAGGCUUGAAAAUGUGGAGAAGAAACAAGGAGAAGACACAGACAGGGUUGAACAUGAACUCAAAAAGACCUCAAAGACAGUAACAGAAUUGGGUGAAAAGGUAGAGACUGUAGAUAAAAUGUGAAUGUAUUAGGGGCUGGACUCAAAAAGGUCAGUAUUGAUCAGGUUAAUGUUAAAGAGAAAGUGGAUAAGUUGCACACAAGAGUAGGGGUUGUAGAGGAUAAACUAGCCAGUCCUUUUUACUCUACCAAUCCAUGGUUUGAUGCUCCAGAUAGGAACUCAAAUUUUUCAGGGAGGUUGGAAGAGUUGGGUUUGAUUAGGUCUAGAUUAGAGGAUAAUAAUCAGUUUGACAUUGUCGGACUAUGUGGUCUUGGUUGUUGUGGAAAGAGUACACUGGCUAAUGAAGUUGCAUGGCAACUAAAAAAUUUCUAUUCAGGUGUAUUCUGGAUUUCGGCAGAGAGUUCAGAAAUAUUUGAGAACUCUCUCAAUAGAAUUGCUUUAGAAUUGCUGGUACAUGGCGAUAAUUUUAAACAAAAGCUCGAUGCCGUCGUAAAGUGGUUGAAGGGAAUCGAGACACCUUGGUUGUGUAUAGUAGACAACCUUGACCUAAGGGAACUGAGUGUUGGAAUGAAGACAUUGCUGAUGGGAUCUUGGAGGCGAGAAAGCAAAGGUCAUAUCAUUGUUACAACCAGAAGAGAGCCUAUUGAACUACAGCAAGACAUUCGUAUAGAAGAAUCAGCCUGUGUACCCGUUGGACCUUUUACUAUGGAGGAAUCUAUAUCAUUCAUGGUAAAAAGGUCAGGAUAUUCUUUAAACGAAUGCUUACAACAACUUGUCCAAGAUUUGGGGUUUUUGCCACUUGCACUUGAACAAGCUGCUGUUCAUAUAAAACAGCGAAAGUAUAGCUAUGAAGUCUACCUGAGAGAGUUCCAACAAAAACGGCUGAAGUGGUUAAAAAAGGAAGCAACUGCACCACAUGCAGAGACUUCGAAAGAACGACUAGCUGUAAAAAUGACUUGGAAAAUGAACUUUGAGUAUGUCGAGGCAAUAUCAGAGGAAGAAGACAUGGGCAACACAGCUUCAGUUAUAAUGAAAGUGAUGCCCUUCCUACACGCAGAUGAUAUACCAAUAGAAGUUAUUAAUGAAGGCAAUCCACCUGUUGAGGAUGAAGAUCUUAGUUUAAAUUUGUCAUCAAGCGUAGAUAUUAAAGAAGCAGUGUCAGUUUUGACAAAAUUUUCUCUGUUCACAAAAUGUACUCAAAACUCUUUAAGUGUUCAUCGCUUGGUACAAGAAGUGAUUAGAGAUCAGCUUUCAAGAGAUUGCGAAUCUGGUCACAUUCUUAAAAUUGCCGUAAGUAUGUUGAACAAAGCUUUGGAUAACACUGAUAGUCCUAAACCAAUCAUCACUGGGGUGAAAAAGAAUGCUACCAAUAGAGUUUCUUUAAAUCUUUGGUCACGCCUUGCUUUACAAGCAUGUUCAUUGAGAGACCAUGUUAAACAAUUUAAUGGUAGAAAGGGAAGAAAGGGGAGUGAACUGCUGAUCAGCGAACCGAUCCUGAGAAUCAUAUAUGAAUCUUCAAUUUUUCACAGUGUCAAUCAACGACAAAGUGAAGCACUUUGCGCCCAGGGUGAGAAAAACACAAUGAUGACAUACCUGGAUUCUCUUGAUCAAGGCAAAAUAGAAUUCUACAUUGAAGUCAAGAUACCCAUCUUAGAAGAUCAAAGAAAACGCAUAGAAGAAUGCAUGAAAUCUGAAUCAUCUGUUAUUAAAGACCAAACAAAAUCAGAUGAACUUCGAGGCCUAGGGAACACAAACUUUAAAGAUGGUAACUUCCAUGCUGCGAUUUCAUGUUACACAGAGUCGAUCAACAUUGCAACAGAAGAAACCUCAAAAGUUCUGUCAAAUAGAAGUCUCAGCUACCUCAGAAAAGAGGAGUAUGAAAAAUGUCUACAAGACGCCAACUCCUGCCUUUCCUUGGAUUUUGAGUCCUGGAAAGCCAAUUGUUGGAAGUCAUACGCAUUGCAUAAUUUGUGGCGUAUAGAAACAGAUCAGUUUCAUGGUGCCUUGCAACCAAUGUCAUUUGAGCCAUCGGUUCCUCAAGAUAUAAAUACAAGUUCUUAUACAAGAUCAAUGGGAUAUGCUGCAGCAGCUAUGGCAUCAUACCAACAUCCAGAAUCCUCUUUGGAAUAUAAAAUGAAAUUGUACUACCCAAUAAUUAACUACUGUGUAGUACAUGAUACGAUGUCUUUGCAAAUGGCAUGGUUACCUACUAAUAGACCAUACACUACGAUAUUCCUCCAACCCAACACUUAUACAACCCCACUCAUAACAAUGCAGAGUACCCAGAUGGUUGGUCUUUCACCAACGGGUGUUCAUAUCGUUGUUCAGCCUGGAAGGAUAGCAAACCCAUCCAAAGAUGUCAGAAACAUUCAUUUUGAGAACUUGAAUUUCAAAGGUCAUCAAAUUAUGAUAUUUGGUGGUGAAGUGGCUUCCUUUAUAAACUGCUCAUUUGCAAAUGGAGAAGAAGCAUGCGAUGAAUACCCUUUUUGUAAAGGUGGAAAUGGGUGCAAAUCUUUAACUGCAAAUGAAUGUUUGCAAAAAAGCGAAAGCAAAAGAAAGGAAUUGUUAAAAAACUUUGCAAGGUUUGCGUCUGGUGAAAUUAAUAAAGAACAGUUUUGUGAUGGUGGAUUGAUAGGGGAAUUUGCUCGUGUUGGAGAAAGAGGCAGUCCAGGUUUAGCAGCAGGUGAAGGUGGCGUAGUCAUUGUUCGCGAUUCUCAUUUCAAUCGGUGUGGUGGAGGCGGCAUGUUAGUAGAUGGACGUGGUUCUUUUGGAGAGAUGGAUGGAUGUAUUGUUGAGAGUUGCAGACAAGAUGGAAUUGAGGUGCGCAAUGGAGGAUCAUUGAUAGUAAAUAACUGUGAUAUCAAAAACAAUCACAAUAGGAUCAUUGGCUGA